AUGGUGCUUCUCCUCCUUCUGGCAGCUCUGCUGCAAGAGCCCGUUUCCAGCAGCCUGUACGGCUCCAGGGCUCUGGCAGGAGGCCUCGGAGGCUCCAUCACCCACCAGUGCUUCUACUCCCCCACCCCGGCCAACAAAUACGAGCGGAAAUAUUGGUGCAAAAUAGCAGCGAACGGGGUGUGCUACACCAUCAUCUCCUCCAGCAGCUUCACCUCCAGCCACUACCGGGGCAGGGUGGCCCUGGGGGACGUCCCCCAGAACGGCACCUUCACGGUGACAAUGACAGGGCUCAGGAGCAGCGACUCGGGCACCUACAGGUGUGGGAUUGGCAGCACCAACGAGGGGCUCUACGUCAGCCUCAACCUGACCGUCCUGGCAGAUGCUGCCGUGUCCAGGCCAACCCAGCUCGUCCGAGGGGAUCUCCAUGGCUCUGUCACAGUCCUGUGCCCCUCUGGGGACACCCAGAGUGACCACAAGAGGUUCUGGUGCAAAGUGGGCAGAAGGAGCUGCACUCUCAUCGCCAGCUCUGACGGCUACGUGGGCAGGAGGUACCAAGGACGGAUCGUUAUCACCCCUCAGGACAGCUCUGGAGCUUCCAAAGUCCUGAUAAACAACUUAAAGAAGGAAGAUUCGGGGCUGUAUCUGUGUGGGACACAAGGCCCGAGGGGUCAGGACAGCCUGCAGGAGGUGGUUCUGCUGGUGGCCACAGCCUCCGCCCUUCCCAGGAGACCCAAAUUCCUCAGCGGCACCGUCGGGGGCUCGCUGUCCUUCCACUGCCACCACGACCCCAAGGGCACCUACGAGAAGAAGUACCUGUGCAGGUGGCAGGGAGGGAGCUGCCCAGUGCUGCUGGAUGACAAGGGGUUUGUGCUGGAGUCCUACCGAGGGCGGAUACUGAUGUCCAGCAGCCACCCCGAGCGCGGGAGCUACACGGUGCUGCUGAGGCAGCUGAGGGAGGAGGAUGAAGGCUGGUACUGGUGUGGGGCCAGGAGUGGGCACACGGAGCUCACGGCCUCCCUGAAGCUGCUCAUCCACAAGGGAACCUGCUCCUCAUGGGACCCAGGAACAGCCACGGCACCAAGUCCUGCUACCCCCAGCAUGGCCAGGCACGGGAGCAUGGCAGACCUGAUGGGCACUGUCCCCAAGGACACCACCAUGGCCAGUGUCCCCAAGGACACCACCAUGGGCAGUGUCACCAAGGACACCAUGGGCACUGUCCCCAAGGACACCACCAUGGCCAGUGUCACCAAGGACACCAUGGGCACUGUCCCCAAGGACACCACCAUGGCCAGUGUCACCCACGGCAGCAGCUCCCUGCUACCCUCUGCCACCCCUGGCACCUCUGCAACCUCCCCAGGUGAAGCCUUUCAGGAGAGCUCCUCGGGUGAACCACGGUUGCUCCCAGCUGUGUUACCAGCUCUGCUUUUGCUGAUUUGCAUCACCAUCACCAUCCUCACCCUGGCCAAAAUCAAGCUUCAAAAGCAGACAGGAGAGGAAAGAAGCACCACGGGGAGCCUGGAGCCAGCUUUGGCUGGGCUGAGCCCUGGAAGGGAGGAAGGGAUGGAGGAGAGCCCAAGUCCAGGAGAAGAGCAGGAAUUCAGGAUGGGCUCUGGCAAAUGUAGUCACUCUACGGAGAAAAAUUACUUUUCCAGGUGUCUGAUGAAGACUUGAGCCAGAAUCUGCUGUGAAAGCCUCUGGGUACCUGAGCUGGGGAUUUUCUCUGUGGAAAGACAAGCCCCCAACACCUUCCAGUGCUUUCCCCAGAACCCAAAUCCCCUUUAGUGAGAGCUGAAC